AUGGAGAUCUGUUAUCUGGUCGGCCAGCCACUGCGUGGCUUCAGCCACACACGCAUCCAGUGGAAUCUGCUGGAGGACGACAUCGUCCUGUUUGUGAAGGACCAGCUGAAGAAGAUCCAGAAGGGUCUGAGUCCAGAUUACCCAGAAUCCCUAGAGCAUGUGUUGCUUGGUGAGGGUGAAGAGCAGAGGAGCAUCAGAGAUGCGUUUGUGAAGAUCACAGUGAACUUCCUGAGGAGAAUGAAGCAGGAGGAGCUGGCUGAGCGUCUGCAGAGCAGUACUUUUGCUGAAGUUUGUAAAAAGCGGCUGAAGUCUAAGCUGAAGAAGAAGUGCCGGUGUGUGUUUGAGGGGAUCAUUAAAGCAGGAAACCCAACCCUUCUGGAACAGAUCUACACGGAGCUCUACAUCACAGAGGGAGGGACAGGAGAGGUCAAUGAAGAACAUGAAGUCAGACAGAUUGAAGCAGCUUCCAGGAAACCAGACAGAGCAGAAACAGCCAUCAGACAGGAAGACAUCUUUAAACCCCCACCUGGAAGAGGAGGACCAAUCAGAACGGUCAUGACGAAGGGAGUGGCCGGCAUCGGGAAAACAGUCCUAACACAGAAGUUCAGUCUGGACUGGGCUGAAGGCAGAACCAACCAGGACAUCCAGUUCCUGCUUCCAUUCACCUUCAGACAGCUGAAUGUGCUGAGAGAGGAAAAGUUCAGCUUGGUGGAACUAGUUCAUCACUUCUUCAGUGAAACCAGAGAAAUCUGCAGCUUUGAAGAGUUCCAGGUCGUGUUCAUCUUUGACGGUCUGGAUGAGAGUCGACUUCCUCUGGACUUCCACAACAAUGAGGACCUGACUGAUGUUACAGAGUCGACCUCAGUGGAUGUGCUGCUGACAAACCUCAUCAGGGGGAACCUGCUUCCUUCUGCUCGUCUCUGGAUCACCACACGACCCGCAGCAGCCAAUCAGAUCCCUCCUGAGUGUGUUGACAUGGUGACGGAGGUCAGAGGGUUUACUAACCCACAGAAGGAGAAAUACUUCAGUAAAAGGUUCAGAAAUAAGAAGCAGAGCAGCAGGAUCAUCUCCCACAUCAAGACAUCACGGAGCCUCCACAUCAUGUGCCACAUCCCAGUCUUCUGCUGGAUCACUGCUACGGUCCUGGAGAACGUCCUGGAGAACGUCCUGGAGAACGUCCUGGAGAACGUCCUGGAAACCAGAGAGGGAGGGGAGCUGCCCAAGACCCUGACUGAGAUGUACAUCCACUUCCUGGUGGUCCAGGCCAAACUGAAGAAGGUCAAGUAUGAUGGAGGAGCUGAGACGGAUCCACACUGGAGUCCAGAGAGCAGGAAGAUGGUGGAGUCUCUGGGAAAACUGGCUUUUGAGCAGCUGCAGAAAGGAAACCUGAUCUUCUAUGAACCAGACCUGGGAGAGUGUGGCAUCGAUGUCAGAGAGGCUUCAGUGUACUCAGGAGUGUUCACACAGAUCUUUAGAGAGGAGAGCAGGCUGUACCAGGACCAGGUCUUCUGCUUCAUCCAUCUGAGUGUCCAGGAGUUUCUGGCUGCUCUUCAUGUCCACCAGACCUUGAUCAACUCUGGAGUCAACCUGCUGGAGGAACAAAGAAACACAGAGACCGACCUCCAUCAAAGUGCUGUGGACAAGGCCUUACAGAGUCCAAACGGACACCUGGACUUGUUCCUCCGCUUCCUCCUGGGUCUUUCACUGGAGACCAAUCAGACUCUCCUACGAGGUCUGUUGGAACCAAAACAAAGAAGUUCACAGAACAAUCAGGAAACAGUUGAAUACAUCAAGAAGAAGAUCAGUGAGGACCUGUCUGCAGAGAGAAGCAUCAACCUGUUCCACUGUCUCAAUGAACUGAACGAUCGGUCUCUGGUGGAGGAGGUCCAAGAGUCCCUGAGGUCUGGACGUCUCUCCACAGAUAAACUGUCUCCUGCUCAGUGGUCGGCUCUGGUCUUCAUCUUACUGUCAUCAGAAGAAGAUCUGGAGGUGUUUGACCUGAAGAAGUUCUCAGCUUCAGAGAAGGCUCUACGGAGGCUGCUGCCGGUGGUCCAAGCCUCCAAGAAAGUUCUACUGAGUGGCUGUCACCUCUCAGAGGACAUUUGUCCACUUCUGUCCUCAGUUCUCAGCUCUCAGUCCUCCAGUCUGACAGAACUGGACCUGAGCAACAACGACCUGCAGGAUUCUGGACUGAAGAAGCUGUGUCCUGGACUGGAGAGUCCACACUGUCACCUGGAGUCUCUCAGGCUGUCAGGCUGUCUGAUCUCAGAGGAAGGAAGUUCUUCUCUGGUCUCAGCUCUGACCUCCAACCCCUCCCACCUGAGAGAGCUGGACCUGAGCUACAACCAUCCAGGAGAGUCAGCAGGGAAGCUUCUGUCUAGACUGGAGGAUCCCCGCUGGAGACUGGACACUCUCAGGGUGGAGCCUGCUGGACAACGAUGGCUGACACCAGGUCUGAGGAAGUAUUCCUGUCGACUCACCGUCGACACAAACACAGUCCACAACCUCAUCAAACUGUCUGAUGACAACAGGAAGAUGACACGUGUGGAGGAGGAGGAUGUGGGGGAGGAUCAGUCGUAUCCUGAUCAUCCAGACAGGUUUGAUCAAUAUCUUCAGCUGCUGUGUAGAGAAGUUCUGACGGGUCGCUGUUACUGGGAGGUCCAGUGGAGCGGACGUGUUUCUGUAUCAGUGAGUUACAGAAGAAUCAGCAGGAAAGGAGACUCUGAUGACUGUAGGUUUGGAGGAAACGAUCAUUCCUGGAGUCUGUUCUGUUCUCCAGGUGUUCGGUACCGUGUCCGUCACAAUAACAGACCAACAUCCACCACCUCCUCAUCUCCAUGUCCAGACUCUGGCAGAGCAGCAGUUUACGUGGACGUUCCUGCUGGAACUCUGUCCUUCUAUGAAGUCUCUGACAGACUGAUCCUCCUCCACACCUUCAUCACCAGCUUCUCUGGACCUCUCUGUGCUGGAUUUACACUCUGGCCCAGUCCUGGUUCCUCAGCGUCUCUGUGUCCAGUUUAGUCUCCAGAGUCUCCGCUCAGAGAAACCGUCUCUGUUGGAUCCUGGACUUGGACUCUGGUUCUGGUUCCUCAGAGUCUCCAUGAUGAAGAUGAUGAUGAUGAUGAUGAUGAUGAUGAUGAUGAUGAUGAUGAUGAUGAUGAUGAUGAUGAUGAUGAUGAUGAUGAUGAUGAUGAUGAUGAUGAUGAUGAUGAUGAAGAUAACAAUCACCGUUUGUUUGGUUUUCUUGGUUUAUUGUGUUUUUAUUUGAUAUUUUUCACCUGUAAAUACUAUUAUUUACUGGAAUGUUGACGUUUGAUCAUAAAUGAGAUUUUCAUCUCAUUAUUCUUGUUUUAUUCUUGAUUCUGACUCUGUCUGGGGGCGGUUUAGAAAUGUAAAUUCCUCAUUCACUGGACCCACAACUUUCACAUGCUCAUCCAUUUUCACUUCUCCGCUACUAUUAUUAUCUGAACUAAUUUAAACAAAAUCUAAGAAAAAUUCGAUUAUGACACUUGGUUUUCAACAAAUUGUAGUAUUUUCUCCUAAAACGUGGUUUAGCGGUUAAUAAACCAUCCAGUUAUCAAAUGUUCAUAAACAGACAUAACUGUGCUGGCGUCUGAUUUAUAAACAUCAUCAUUUCAUCUGGAAUAACCAGAGUAUUAAAU